AAUAACACUCAAACAACAGACGCCGCCGGCCUCAUCUAUAGCGACGGAGAAGCCGCUGUCAACAAAAGCAGUAGAAGGCGGCGCCGUUACCGUCAACAACAGGAAGAGUUCCUGCUUGCGUUCGUGCAAUUCUUCGUCACCUAGAAUGUAUUUCAGUUUUGCUGAGUGGUUCCUAUCUUAUGGUUUGGUCACAUAAUCACUAUCUUCAGCAUCGUCUAAUUCAUCAUUAUGACGUUGGAGCAUAAGCACUUCCCAUUCUUUCUGGAAAAUAAAGAAUUUGACGCGAAACCUCAAGAACACAACAUCAGUUGCCCAUAAAUUUUUAACUUUAGCUUUAACUUUUGGGGUUUCAGAAACAAUUAUAAAGAACUGUGAAAAGUAAAGUUAAUGAAAAGAUGAAAUCCUUAAUUACAAUACGGAAGUUAUUACUAUCCAAUAUUUCAUUCGAAGUCAACAGCACAAGAAGCAAUAAUCUUCAUUAUUGUUUUCUUCAAUAUAGAUCAAUAGUGAAGGUUCGGCUUAAGUGGGUAAAAAAUCGUGGCUUAGACCAUAUAAUUGAUAGAGAAACUGAUCUUAAAGCAGCUUGUUUACUAAAGGACGCAAUUAAGCGUUCUCCAACUGGAUUUCUCACUGCCAAGUCUGUUGCUGAUUGGCAAAAGCUCCUUGGCCUUACUGUUCCUGUUCUUCGCUUCCUGCGCAGGUACCCGACUCUCUUUAAUGAAUUUCCGCACGCCCGUUAUGCUAAUUUGCCUUGUUUUCGAUUAACGGAUACCGCACUCCUGCUAGAUUCACAAGAACAAAGCAUACACCAUAAUUAUGAGACUGAUACUGUGGAAAGGCUUUCUAGACUGCUUAUGAUGAUGAAAACUAGGACAGUUCCCUUGAAAUCUCUGCAUCCAUUGAAGUGGGACCUCGGGUUGCCAGAUAAUUUUGAGAGAAUAUUAAUCCCCAAGCAUACCGAUAAUUUUCAAUUUGUGAAGGCAUCAAAUGGUGUGAGCUGCUUACGGCUUGUGAAAUGGCAAGAAGAUUUUGCCGUUUCUACAUUGCAGCAGAAUAAUGAGAACAAAGAAAUAGGCAACGAGUACCAGAAAUUCAAGAGGGGACAGACGACUUUGGCGUUCCCAAUGAGUUUUCCACGGGGGUAUGGAGCACAAAAGAAGGUGAGAGCAUGGAUGGAGGAAUUUCAGAAGUUACCUUAUAUUUCUCCAUAUGAGGACUCAAGACAGAUCGACCCAGAUAGCGAACUCAUGGAAAAGCGGGUAGUUGGGGUUUUGCAUGAGCUUUUGAGCCUGACCAUUCAUAAGAAGACUAAGAGAAACUACUUGAGGAGCAUAAGAGAGGAAUUGAUUCUUCCGCAUAAAUUUACUCGUUGGUUUACAAGGUAUCCAGGAAUUUUCUACCUCUCAUUGAAGUGUAAGACAACGACAGUCGCCCUUCGAGAAGGUUAUCAACGGGGAAAACUGGUUAAUCCCCAUCCUCUUGCUCGUUUAAGAGACAAGUUUUAUCAUGUAAUGAGAACUGGACUUCUUUAUCGGAACAAAGGUGAAAAUGCGAUACCUCAAGACAUUUUGCUGAAUGAUGUCGAGGAUGAGACUGGAUCGGAUGGCUCUGAUGGGGAAGAGGAUGAAAUAGGUGAUGACUGCUACGAGAUAACCUCUGACAUCGAGGAUGAGUCCGAUAGCGAAUAGUUUUUGUUCAACACAGUCAACAAUCUCUCUCCAGGAGAGACGCAAAUGAUCCUCUAAUAUUAAGGUAAGGAAAAAUAGAUAAUACUGACUGAGCAAAAAAAUAGUUUAUUGCUAGAUUAUUCACUGCUGUAGAUGGCAUUUCCUGCUUUUCCCGGAAUUGUGUUCUUCAGCAGCAUUGGUAAUAUUAUGCAAUCAUUUGAAAAGAAGUAGGAAGCGAUUUUGUA